AUGUCGACUUACGAAAUUGAACACAAUACCACCGACCCCUCCGCGGCUUCCUCCGCCCCGCGUCGCCGCAGACCUGACCUCUCCACCUUCUUCUCGACCCUCUCAGAGAUAACCCCAGCUCCGGAUCACCGACCCCAUGCCGUCCCGGUACCAGGCGACGUGAGCGCAGCCUUCUACUCGCUCGCCGAGGCUCUAGAAAUGAUGCGCCGCGAAUCAGGCACUGCCGAACCACAAACCCAAACUGGCGACAACACUGCCUCCGCCGAAACCAGCGACGACCUUCUCACGACAAUGAUCCAGAAUCUGCUCAAUGGCGCCGAGGCCCCGCCACGGGAGGUGGAAGGCGUGAGCGAAGAGUUUUGCGAUAUGCUUGACCGUGUUCCUAAAUCAUCUCUCGACUCUUCGCAAACUUGCCCUAUCUGUAACAACCCCUUCCUGGAAGAUGAGUACCCCCUCGUCGUCCGACUACCCUGCCACCCCACCCACUUGUUUGAUCUCGAGUGCGUGCGUCCCUGGUUGCGGCUGCGUGGUACCUGUCCGCUUGACCGGUUCGAUUUCGCGAAGCAGCAGCGUGAAAAGGAUGAGGAGCGUAAGCGUAUCGCCGAUGAGGAUGAGGAGGAGGAAUGGGAUGGCAUGUAUGGUUAA